AUACAAUUGAAUGAAUGAAUGAAUGAAACAUAAUCUAGAAUGUCAGCUUCUUGUGGGCAGGGGUCACUUUUACCAACUAUCAUCCAAUCAAGUGCCUAAUCAGUGCUGCGUGCAGCAAACUUUCAAUAAAUACCACUGACUGAUUGAUUGACAUCGCUCUUGGUCGAGCCUUCCGUUGGUGGUGGGGCUGCCAACAGCUCAUUAUCAGGGAAGGCUUCCUGGAGGAGGCGGAUUCUGAGCUGAUGGAGGAGGGUGAGGCCCAGGAGGAGGAGGAGACCGAGGCGGAGACUGAGGCAGAGAAGAAGGCCGCGGGCGAGGAGGAGGACCAGGAGGAAGAGGAAUGGCUAAGGCUGCGGCCCGUGGAGCCUCGGUCGGCGCAGUGCUGUGGCAGCGGCUGCAGGCCGUGCAUCUUUGACCUGUACCAGCGGGAGCUGGCCCGCUGGGAGGAGGCCCGGGCCAGAAAGGACAAGGGGCUGCUGUCUGGGAAUUGCGGUGAGCGGGAGCGGGAGCCUGCCGCGUCCGUCUUAAGCCCUGACACGUUCCAGCCUUUCAGCCUGAGCGCAGUGGACCAGCUGACCGACGAUACCUUCCGGUUCAGAUUCACACUGCCCGCCAACGGCCUCCUGGGCCUGAGCCCCGGACAGCAUAUUGUGCUCCGGGCUGAGGUGGAUGGCCAAGCCGUCCAGCGAGCAUACACGCCCGUGAGCCCCGUCGAUGCCCGUGGCUACUUUGAUGUCUUGAUCAAGUGCUAUCGCACCGGAUUGGCAUCCCGGUUCGUCAGGUCCUGGAGAGUGGGUGACUCAGCCCUCUGGCGUGGCCCCUUCGGGGGUUUCCCUUACCGGCCCAACCAGUUUGGACAGCUGCUCCUGCUGGCAGCAGGGACAGGCCUGGCCCCCAUGCUACCCAUCCUGCACGGCAUCACGGACGACGCCGACGACGAGACAUUCGUCACGCUGGUGGGCUGCUUCCGGACCUUCGGGGACAUCUACCUGAAGUCCGUCCUCCAGGACCUGGCUCGCUUCUGGAACGUGCAGGUUCUCUUCGUGCUCAGCCAGGAGUCAUCGCUGGAUGGGCUACCCCAGAGCUAUCGGGAUAGGACCCACCUGGGCCGCCUGGACCGGGACCGGAUGGUGCAGGUGGUGGACGGUUGCCGGCGGAAGCCAUUUGCGCUAGUCUGCGGCCCCCCCGACUUCCAGCGGGACGUGGCCGGCCUCCUGCAGGCUGCCGGGCUGACGGAGGAGUCAUUCUUCUUGUUCUAGCGUUGGCCUGCCCUCCUCCCUGCCUGCCCACGUGCCCACAGCGGAAUCGGGGGAUAGCUCCCGAGCCAUCUCUGGCUGCUCCCUGAGGCCUUGGGGCGGGGGCCUUUCGGGGCUGGGGGCUUUUCCCGAGAAUGGGGCAGUGAGCCCCCACACCAACCCCCUGUCCCUGCUCCCCUGGCUGGCUGCAUGGCUUUUUCCGUGCCAGGGUCUGGGGGGAGGAGUAUCCAACGGGGGAGCCCUCCUGGUCAGGAGGGCAGGUGGUCAGAGCCUCCAACCCCCCAAAAAGUACUUUCACUCCCCCGCCACCACUUGGGGUCCCAACCUCCCCACCCUCCUGUAGCAGACAUGUACUGAUCUUUAUAUUUUAUUGCUCCUGUGUAAUUUAUUUUAUUUAAUGCCCAGUCUCCCUCAGCUCCUUGAAGACAGGGAUAGUGUCUACUAACUGUUUUGUACUCUCCUUAGUGCCCCUUACAGUGCUCUGCACAAAUUAUUGUUUUCAUCUUGUCUAUUGUGCCUUUCACCAAGUCCUUCCCCAUCUUGUUCUUAGACCAGGGUCAGGGAUCCCAUCUGAUUCUCAUCUGGGGAAUUUUUUUUCUCUAGUGCUUAGCACAGUACUUGGCACAAAGCUGGUAUUUGAUAAAUACCACUACCGCUUCUGCUACUAAGAGCUGUGAUCACUGGUCGUAGGUGUUCCCAGGGAGGCAGGGACAAUAGAUACAAUGCAUCACUCAGUGGAUCGGUUCUCCAUUGGAGAAGCUCCGUUGAAGAAGCCGCGUGGCUCAGCAGAAAGAGCCCGGGCUUUGGAGUCAGGAGGUCAUGGGUUCAAAUCCCUGCU